AUGGAUAAGGGUAAGUCUGCAUUAUGUUCUUCUGGUCGAGUUCCAAAAAUUGAAAGGAAAAUUGCGGAGAAGAGCAGGAGAGAUCGGAUGAAGAUUCUCUACACGAACCUCCACUGUCUCCUCCCAAAUCAUGGCUCCAAGAAAGCCAUGUCAUUGCUUGAUCAAAUAAAUGAAGUUGUGACAUACAUCGAAAGUUUAAAGAUGAAGGUGGAGGAGAUGAAGGAGAAGAAGAAAUACUUGUUGCAAAGGAAAAGAUCACAUUCUUGCAUUACAAGUGAAAUUCAAGCCAACACAAAGUCUUCACCGCCUUUAGUAGAAAUUCAUGAUAUGGGACCAAAUAUGGAUGUCAUUUUUGUUGUUGGGCUUGAUGAUUUAUCAAAGUUUUACAAGAUACUACACUUGCUUCAUGAAGAUAGUAUUGAAGUUGUCACCGAUCGGCCAUUUUCCGAGGGUUUCCGAAUACCUAAACCUCCGGUGUCCCGUUCCUUCCCUGUGGCUGAAGAUAGACUCUGGCUUAGAACCUAA